AUGUUGAGCAUAGAUUGUUAUACAGAAAAAAUAGACAGUAAAAUGGAAAACACCGUGAAUAAGGAACAUACAAAACUCCUUAUUUACGAAGAUAGACUGGCAAUUCUAAAUAAGAUAGUACUUUUUACCUCUGUCAAAUCUGUGCAUGUCAAAAAUGAAGGAGGAUGCUUCCUCAAGCUCAAGAUUGAUGGCCCGCUGCCCUCCAUUGUACUGGAGUUUGGUACAGUCCACAUACGAGACAUGGUCAAGAAUAUCAUUUUGGAUCGAGUCAAAACAACCGAGAAUAUUGCAAAAAAAGCAGUUGAAAGCAACAUAGACUGCAAAAAAAUUCUUAAAAACAUCCAAGAAAUAGUAAAAAACCCAGAAUCCCUUGUAAAGUAUACAGACAAAUAUGUGAGUCUUUAUUUUCAAAAAGAGAUGAGCUUCAGCCCUGAAGCAUUCUUCUCUUCGAUGAAUCAACCACUGAUGGAUGUAUUCAUUAAAAUGAACUGCUCUAUCGAACAAUUUUACAAUCUUCUGACCAACUCGUAUUUCUUCGAUAUAAAAAAUCAAAAGAAUUCCCUUGACAGGCUUGUUAUCAGAGAGCCUGAGAGAGAAAAGUGGCCAUUUAGGUGUUGGCAAUACGACUGUAGAGCUGGAUUAUGCCACAAGAAUAAAUAG